GUGAGAGAGGUUACUGGCAGGCGCUCAGGCCCGGUGGGAGGCUCGGCUUCACGUCCGUGCAAGGAGUGCUCAGUGCCCCCUCCCUAUGCCACCCCUGUGAUGCCCCUGUCCCGCUGGCUGAGAUCUGUGGGGGUCUUCUUGCUGCCAGCUCCCUGCUGGGUGCCCCGGGAGAGGUGGCUGGGUUCCCUACGGCGGCCCUCCCUGGUGCACGGGUGCCCAGCCCCGGGGGCCUGGCACGGUGCCCGCUGCUGGUGCCAAGCGUGGACAGAGGAGCCUCGAGCACUUUACUCCUCCCUCAGAAUGAACGGAAACCAGAAAUUGGACCCUUAUGCCCAAGAACAGCAGGAUUUCAUCCAGCACUUCUCCCAGAUUGUCAAGGUGCUGACAGAGGAUGGCAUGGGCCACCCGGAGAUAGGUGAUGCCAUUGCCAGGCUCAAGGAGGUGCUGGAGUACAACGCUGUCGGCGGCAAGUACCAGCGGGGCCUGACGGUGCUGAUAGCCUACCAGGAGCUGGUGAGGCCGGGGAAGCUGGACGCUGACAGUCUCGGGCGGGCCCGGACCGUGGGCUGGUGUGUGGAACUGCUCCAGGCUUUCUUCCUGGUGUCAGACGACAUCAUGGAUUCCUCCCUCACCCGACGGGGGCAGAUCUGCUGGUAUCAGAAGCCAGGCAUAGGUUUGGAAGCCAUCAACGACUCUCUGCUUCUGGAAGCCUGUAUCUACCGCAUGCUGAGGCUCUACUGCCGGGAGCAGCCCUAUUACCUGAACCUGAUGGAGCUGUUCCUACAGAGUUCCUAUCACACUGAGCUCGGACAGACGCUGGACCUCAUCACGGCCCCCCAGGGCAACGUGGAUCUCAGCAGAUUCACUGAAAAGAGGUACAAGUCCAUCGUCAAGUAUAAGACUGCUUUCUACUCGUUCUACCUUCCCGUGGCUGCUGCCAUGUACAUGGCGGGCAUCGACGGGGAGAAGGAGCACGCCAGCGCCAAGGUGAUCUUGCUGGAGAUGGGGGAGUUCUUCCAGGUGCAGGACGAUUACCUUGAUCUCUUUGGGGACCCCAGCGUGACAGGCAAGAUUGGCACUGACAUCCAGGACAACAAAUGCAGCUGGCUGGUGGUUCAGUGUCUGCAGCGGGCCUCUCCGGAGCAGCGCAGGGUCCUCCAGGAGAACUACGGGCGAAAGGAGGCGGAGAAGGUGGCCCGGGUGAAGGCGCUCUACGAGGAGCUGCAGCUGCCGGCCGCGUUCCGGCAGUACGAGGAGGACAGCUACAGCCGCCUGAUGGGCCUCAUCGGGCAGCACGCCUCACCCCUGCCCCCGGCCAUCUUCCUGGGGCUGGCGCACAAGAUUUACAAGAGGAAGAAGUGACCUGGGCCCCGCGAGGGGAGGGCGAGGGCGAGGCGCUCAAUAAACUGUCUCACCUUCUC